AUGUCGGGUGCAGUGGGGCGCGAAGCUAUCUUUCCGACCCGCCAGUCGCUUGGCCUGAUGAAGAGUAAACUCAAGGGCGCUGAGAUAGGCCACAGUUUACUGAAGAGGAAAAGUGAGGCUUUGACAAAGCGAUUCCGAGAAAUCACAAGGCGGAUCGAUGAAGCGAAGAGGAAGAUGGGCCGAGUCAUGCAAAUUGCCGCCUUCUCGUUAGCUGAGGUCACAUAUGCCGUUGGAGGAGAUAUCGGAUUUCAAAUUCAAGAGUCCGCCAAACAAGCCAGAUUUCGUGUGCGAACAAAACAAGACAACGUCUCUGGAGUCUUGCUUCCUCAAUUCGAGAGCGUGAUCGCAGAAAGCACAAAUGAUUUUGGCUUGACGGGUCUUGGAAAGGGAGGUCAACAAGUACAGCGAUCUCGGGAAACAUAUGCUCGAGCCGUCGAAACUCUCGUGGAGCUUGCAAGUUUGCAAACCGCUUUUGUUAUUCUGGAUGAAGUCAUCAAGGUUGUCAACAGGAGAGUCAACGCCAUCGAGCAUGUCAUCAUUCCACGAACUGAGAACACCAUUAAAUAUAUCAAUUCCGAACUCGACGAACUUGAUAGAGAGGAAUUUUAUCGACUAAAGAAGGUCUCCAAUAAAAAGCAGCGUGACACUGCUGCUCAAGAUGCUGAAAUUCUUGCACGACGGCAAAAGGAAGCUGAAACUGAAAAUAACAAUGACAAUGGCAAUGCAGAAGAGCAAGAAACAACCGAUGUUCUUGGACAGGAGGACGAGGACGUCAUCUUCUAA